CCCACUCUAUCGACCGUUCUCCAUCUCUUCGGUUCACCGCAAGAGUUUCUUCCAUUUCUCUUUCCGUGAACCAGUCGGACAUUGCCGCAACUUAGUUCUUCCCGAUUCACUAUCGUUGUCUGUUCGUGAUUCGAUCCAUCGUCUCAGCUGAUCAAGAUGUUGCUGAUUCAACCAACGGAGGAGAUGUCAAAAUUGAUUCGCGUGGAGUUAAAUGAGGAUGUAACGACACGCGAUAGAGACCUCGAAAUCAUCAAAGAAUGGCUGUCUAAGCAACCGCACUUACCAAAGUUCGAAGAUGAUUCUAGAAUAAUGACGUUUCUUCGUGGCAGCAAGUUUUCCUUGGAAAAAUGUAAAAGGAAGUUGGACAUGUAUUUCACAAUGAGAGCAGCAAUUCCCGAGUUUUUCUCUAAUCGAGACAUCACGAGACCAGAACUGAAAGAUAUCGCCAAACUUAUACACAUUCCACCAUUACCUGGUCUAACAAAAAAUGGUCGUCGUGUGAUCAUUAUGCGAGGAAUAAACAAGGACACGCCAACUCCGAACGUAGCGGAUGGAAUGAAGAUAGUGCUAAUGAUAGGCGACAUUCGCUUAAAGGAGGAGCUAACGGGUGUUGCAGGCGACGUCUACAUCCUGGAUGCCAGCGUAGCCACGCCGUCGCAUUUUGCCAAAUUUACUCCCACAAUUGUAAAGAAGUUCCUGGUUUGCGUGCAAGAAGCUUAUCCUGUGAAGGUGAAAGAGGUGCACGUAGUGAACGUCAGCCCAAUCGUGGACACUAUCGUCAAUUUCGUGAAACCAUUCCUCAAGGAGAAGAUUCGCAACAGAAUAUUUAUGCACAGUGACUUGAAAACAUUGUACGACUACAUUCCCAGAGAAAUAUUGCCAACAGAAUACGGUGGUGAUGCUGGACCAAUUCAAGCUAUUCAUGAUACUUGGAUGGAAAAAUUAGAAGAGUACGGUCCGUGGUUCGCAGAACAGGAAGCGGUGAAAGCUAACGAGGCACUCCGUCCAGGAAAGCCAAAAACUCAGGACGAAUUAUUUGGUCUCGAUGGAUCGUUUAGACAAUUGACUAUCGACUAAACAUAGUUUUUCGCGCGAAUAAAUAUUAGGCGAAUCCCAUUACGGUGCUAAUGUGAAGAAGAUUCGGGCAGAACUAAAAGUAUUGCACCUUUCUAGAUCUCUGAAUUCGUUCGCAAGUAAAACAAUCUUUUAUAAUAUAUAUUUGUCGAUGAAUCUUUAAUAUAUUGUGAAACUAUUUAUCUUUUGUAUAUCCGUCUUUAAUCGGUUUGAAUUGGAACUACUGCGCAAUGAUUAUAGGGAACCAUUUAUCCUAUUUUUUGUGUACAGUGUCAGUACAGAAACAAGGAUAGCAGUGUUAGUUAAUGUAUCCUGAGAAUAGAGUAUUUUAUGAAGGAAUAUGUGCAUGAUUAUCCAUGAGUGAUCCUAGGACGAUAUUUUCAAAAUGUGGAUGCUAUAAUAUGUUGCACUGACUGUGGAAACAUAAAAGUAAUAGGAUGAAUUGCAAUGAAGGGAUAAACUCUAAGUUGGUUGAAAAAUUCAGUAAACUACUUAGUGUAGAAAAUUAUUUACAAAAACCUUUCAUAGUUACAUUGUAAGCUGUGUUUUUAUUUGGAAUUUUAUAAUCAUAAGAUUCAUUAGAAAUGAGUAUCAGAAAAGUUGAUUCUUUAAUUGUAUCGUUUAGUUGUAGAAAAUGCUGAAAUGUUUUCGACAACAAAAUGCGUUUGAAAGAUUGUCCCAGGAUUAAAAAACAGUUCCACAAAAUAAAUCGUUAUUUAUAAUGAAUAAUGUAAUGUAGAGAUUUCAUGGUAUGCAUGGCUGGAUAGAAAUUUGAGAUCAUUUAAAUUCAGAGUAGCAGUAGUAGAAUAUUAUUUAUGAAUACGAGAAAUGAUUUUUAAAAUGAAUGUUUUUUUAUGAAUAAUUAUUAUCUUUUUAAUAUUUGUGUAUGAAAUUGUAUACUGAAUGAUAAAUAUUUCAAUAUUAUAUUUAAUACAAUUCUAUAGGAACAGAAGCUGGGAUAUUAGAAUAUAAACAUUGGUAAUAUAUAAUAUAUAUGAAAAUAAUAUGAAGUUUGUUUCGAGUACAUACGCAGUUGGAAUAUAAAAAUCGAAUGCAAUUGAAAGUAGAAAUACGAUAUAAUUUUUAUAUUGUUAGCUCAAUUUAUCGUACUUAGUACAAAAAAAAGUAAAUUUCGUGGUCUUAGGAUUCAUAUAUUUUGAAUGUUUCUUUUAAUAUAAAAUGAUUCUUCAUAAAUAAAUAAGAUUAAAUUCUUAACUCUUUAUCAACAGUUCUUACACAUCUGUAAAUAUGUGACAUGGUAAACACGUGUUUUCAAUUUCUUACUUUUGUAAAUUAUCCUUCAUUGUAUACGAAAAUAUUGUACUUAUAAGUAUAAAAUAUUUGGUUAAGUA